GUCAUUACUCGCUGUGGAUUGGGUCCUGGUGUACAGGAUAACUGAAUAUAAGGACUUGGUUCUCCUACUCUAACUUCACUCGCUGAAUCCAAGAAGAACCAGAAGCACCCAUGAUGAAGUGGGCUGUCGUCCUGUGUGCCCUAGUGGCCCUCUCCGAGUGUCAUACCAAGUAAGUCCUGUUCCUCUCCGAGGGUCAUACCAAGUAAGUCCUGUUCCUCUCCGAGGGUCAUACCAAGUAAGUCCUGUUCCUCUCCGAGUGUCAUACCAUGUAAGACCUGUUCCUCUCCGAGGGUCAUACCAAGUAAGUCCUGUUCCUCUCCGAGUGUCAUACCAAGUAAGUCCUGUUCCUCUCCGAGUGUCAUACCAAGUAAGUCCUGUUCCUCUCCGAGUGUCAUACCAAGUAAGUCCUGUUCCUCUCCGAGGGUCAUACCAAGUAAGUCCUGUUCCUCUCCGAGGGUCAUACCAAGUAAGUCCAGUUCUUUUCUUUUGUUUUAGUCUGUACAUUCUGUUUAUUAUUGUCACCAGGUCAAAUUCCUAGUACAUGUAAAUGUAAUUGUCGAAUAACGGUGAUUCAGAUUUGGAUUUUGAUCAUGUGUUUUCAGGAUCUCUCUGAUCAAGGGGAAGACUGCCAGAGAGACCCUGAUGGAGAAAGGUUUAUGGGAGGAGACAAGGCUGAAGUUCCCCUACAACCCUAUGGCCAAAUUCUACCAGACUGGUGGAAAUGAGGCUAUGACCAACGACGCUGAUGUAAGGCAGAGUGAGGAGUAGUAUGGUGAAAUACUGCAUUAGCCUGGUGACUGUUCCCAGAUCUGUUUUUGCUGUAUAGACAACGACCAUGGGAGUUAUAUACCAUUAUAUAAAACAGAUUUGGUACCAGGCUAGUCUACAAAGGCAAUACUGUAGGAUUCUUCUGAUCUAUACUGAACAAAAAUAUAAACGCAUCAUGCAACAAUUUCAAAGAUUUUACUGAGUUACAGUUCAUAUGAGGAAAUCUGUCAAUUGAAAUAAAUUCAUUAGGCCCUAAUCUAUGGAUUUCACAUGACUGGAAAUACAGAUAUGCAUCUGUUGGUCACAGAUCUUUUUUUUAAAGGUAGGGGCGUGGAACAGAACCAGUCAGUAUCUGGUGUGACCACCAUUUGCCUCAUGCAGCGCGACACAUCUCCUUUGCAUAGGAUUGAUCAGGCUGUUGAAUGUGGCAUGUGGAAUGUUGUCCCACUCCUCUUCAUUGGCUCUGCGAAGUUGCUGGAUAUUGGCGGGAACUGGAACACGCUGCCGCACGCUGCCGCACACGUCGAUCCAGAGUCUCCCAAACAUGCUCAAUGGGUGACAUGUCUGGUGAGUAUGCAGGCCAUGGAAGAACUGGGACAUUUUCAGCUUCCAGGAAUUGUGUACAGAUCCUUGCGACAUGGGUCCGUGCAUUAUCAUGCUGAAACAUGAGGUGAAGGCGGCAGAUGAAUGGCACGACAAUGGGCCUCAGGAUCUCAUAAUGGUAUCUCUGUGCAUUCAAAUUGCCAUUGAUAAAAUGCAAUUGUGUUCGUUGUCUGUAGCUUAUGCCUGCCCAUACCAUAACUCCACCGCCACCAUGGGGCACAUCAACAAACUGCUCACUCACAUGACGCCAUACACGUGGUCUGCAGUUGUGAGGCCGGUUGGACGUACUGCCAAAUUCUCUAAAACGAUGUUGGAGGAGGCUUAUGGUAGAGAAAUGAACAUUCAAUUCUCUGGCAACAUCUCUGGUGGACAUUCCUGCAAUCAGCAUGCCAAUUGCACGCUCCGUCAAAACUUGAGAAAUCUGUGGCAUUGUGUUGUGUGACAAAACUGCACAUUUUAGAGUGUCCUUUUAUUGUCCCCAGCACAAGGUGCACCCGUGUAAUGAUCAUGCUGUUUAAUCAGCUUCUUCAUAUGCCACAUGAAUUAUCUUGGCAAAAGAGAAAUGCUCACUAACAGGGAUGUAAACAGAUUUGUGCCCAAAAUGUGAGAGAAAUAAGCGUUUUGUGCAUAUGGAACAUUUCUGGGAUCUUUUAUUUUUGCUCAUGAAACAUUGGACCAACACUUAACAUGUUGCGUUUAUAUUUUCAAAUCAAAUCAAAUUUUAUUUGUCACAUGCGCUGAAUACAACAGGUGUAGACCUUACCAUGAAAUGCUUACUUACAAGCCCUUAUCCAACAAUGCAGUUUUAAGAAAAUAGAGUUAAGAAAAUAUUUACUAAAUAAACUAAAAGUAAAAAAUAAAAUAAAAAAGUAACACAAUAAAAGAACAAUAACGAGGCUAUAUACCGGGGAUACCGGUACCGGGUCAAUGUGCGGGGGUACAGGUUAGUCGAGGUAAUUGAGGUGAUAUGUACAUGUAGGUAGGGGUAAAGUGACUAUGCAUAGAUAAUAAACAGCGAGUAGCAGCAGUGUAAAAAGCCUUUUGGACCUAGACUUGGCACUCCGGUACCACUUGUUGUGCGGUAGCAGAGAGAACAGUCUAUGACUUGGGUGACUGGAGCCUAGGACCAUUUUUUGGGCCUUCCUCUGACACCGCCUAGUAUAGAGGUCCUGGAUGGCAGGAAGCUUGGCCCCAAUGAUGUACUGGGCCGUACGCACUACUCUCUGUAGCGCCUUGCGGUUGGAUACUGAGCAGUUGCCAUACCAGGCGGUGAUGCAACCAGUCAGGAUGCUCUCGAUUGUGCAGCUGUAUAACUUUUUGAGGAUCUGGGGACCCAUGCCAAAUAUUUUCAGUUUCCUGAGGGGGAAUAGGCUUUGUCGUGCCCUCUUCACAACUGUCUUGGUGUGUUUGGACCAUGAUCAUUUGUUGGUGAUGUGGACACCAAGGAACUUGAAACUCUCUACCCGCUCCACUACAACCCACUCCACUACGUGUUCAGUCCUCCUUUUCCUGUAUUCCACAAUCAGCUCCUUUUGUCUUGCUCAUGUUGAGAGAGAGGUUGUUGUCCUGGCACCACACUGCCAGGUCUCUGACCUCCUCCCUAUAGGCUGUCUCAUCAUUGUCGGUGAUCAGGCCUACCAUUGUUGUGUCAUCAGCAAACUUAAUGAUGGUGUUGGAGUCGUGCUCGGCCACGCAUUAGUGGGUGAACAGGGAGUACAGGAGGGGACUAAUCACGCACCCCUGAGGGCCCCCCUGUGUUGAGGUUCAGCGUGGUAGCUGUGUUGUUGCCUACCCUUACCACCUGGGGGCGACCCGUCAGGAAGUCCAGGAUCCAGUUGCAGAGGGAGGUCUUAAGUCCCAGGGUCCUUAGCUUAGUGAUGAGCUUUGUGGGCACUAUGGUGUUGAACGCUGAGCUGUAGUCAAUGAACAGCAUUCUCACAUAGGUAUUCCUUUUGUCCAGGUGGGAAAGGGCAGUGUGGAGUGUGAUUGAGAUUGCAUGAUCUCUGGAUCUGUUGCGGCGGUAUGCGAAUUGGAGUGGGUCUAGGGUUUCCGGGAGGAUGGUGUUGAUGUGAGCCAUGACCAGCCUUUCAAAGCACUUCAUGGCUACAGAUGUGAGUGCUACGGGUCGGUAGUCAUUUAGGCAGGUUACGUUAGUGUUCUUGGGCACAGGGACUAUGGUAGUCUGCUUGAAACAUGUUGGUAUUACAGACUCAGACAGGGAGAGGUUGAAAAUGUCAGUGAAGACACUUGCCAGUUGGUCCGCGCAUGAACUGAGUACACGUCCUGGUAAUCCGUCUGGCCCCGCGGCCUUGUGAAUGUUGACCUGUUUAAAGGUCUUGCUCACAUCGGCUCACAUCAGUAUAAAAGACUGUUCAGUAUAUCUACAUACCAGACAAACGACUGUUUGUUCAUACUGUAGUACUCUGACUUACAGUACAUCUGUUUCACCGUCUCCCUGCAGUUGUCCUACUAUGGUGUGAUCUCCAUUGGAACCCCUCCCCAGUCCUUCAAGGUCAUCUUUGACACUGGCUCCUCCAACCUGUGGGUUCCCUCUGUCUACUGCUCCAGUCAGGCUUGCCGUGAGUAUACUCCAGGGGUCUGAGUAGUCUCUGAGUAGUCUCUGAGUAGUCUUGGAGUAGUCUCGGAGUAGUCUCUAAGUAGUCUCUCUGAGUAGUCUCUGAGUAUUCUCUGAGUAGUCUCUGAGUAGUCUCUCUGGGUAGUUUCUGAUUAGUCUCUGAGUAGUCUCUCUGAGUAGUCUCUGAGUAGUCUCUGAGUAGUCUCUGAGUAGUCUCUGAGUAGUCUCUAUGAGUAGUCUCUAAGUAGUCUCGCUGAGUAGUCUCUUGUGGCAGAGUUGCAUAAACAGUAUCAUAUUGAGUACCUAGCCAGUAUCAUAUUGAGUACCUAGCCAGUAUCAUAUUGAGUACCUAGCCAGAGAAUGGGAGACUUGGUUCUGGGUUGAGGUUAGGGUCUGAGGGACCUUGAGGUUGCACCUUGCACCUUGAGAUUUACUGCAUAAGGGGGUUGGCUCGACAUAAUAAAACAGGAAAUUGGAUUAAUGUAUUUUAAUUUUUUCCCCUUUACAGUGUGUAUUGUAGAGAAUAACUCAAUGUUUGAAAUACCAAUGAUUGAAUGUUCAGUUUUGCAAUGGUAUGGUAUAGGGCGGCAGGUAGCUUAGUGGGUAAGAGCGUUAUGCCAGUAACCGAAAGGUCGCUGGUUCUAAUCCCUAAUCUAAUAUGUACAGUGGCUUGUGAAAGUAUUCACCCCCCUUGGCAUUUUUCCUAUUUUGUUGCCUUACAACCUGGAAUUAAAAUGGAUUUUUGGGGGGUUUGUAUCAUUUGAUUUACACAACAUACCUACCACUUUGAAACGAAAGAACAGAACUUGAGCGUGCAUAACUAUUCACCCCCCCAAAGUCAAUACUUUGUAGAGCCACCUUUUGCAGCAAUUACAGCUGCAAGUCUCUUGGGGUAUGUCUCCAGCUCCUUCAAGUUGGAUGGGUUCCGCUGGUGUACAGCAAUCUUUAAGUCAUACCACAGAUUCUCAAUUGGAUUGAGGUCUGGCCUUUGACUAUGCCAUUCCAAGACAUUUAAAUGUUUCCCCUUAAACCACUCGAGUGUUGCUUUAGCAGUAUGCUUAGGGUCAUUGUCCUGCUGGAAGGUAAACCUCCGUCCCAGUCUCAAAUCUCUGGAAGACUGAAACAGGUUUCCCUCAAGAAUUUCCCUGUAUUUAGCGCCAUCCAUCAUUCCUUCAAUUCUGACCAGUUUCCCAGUCCCUGCCGAUGAAAAAUAUCCCCACAGCAUGAUGCUGCCACCACCAUGGUUCACUGUGGGGAUGGAGUUCUCGGGGUGAUGAUAGGUGUUGGGUUUGCGCCAGACAUAGCGUUUUCCUUGAUGGCCAAAAAGCUCAAUUUUAGUCUCAUCUGACCAGAGUACCUUCUUCCAUAUGUUUGGAGAGACUCCCACAAGCCUUUUGGCGAACACCAAAUGUGUUUACUUAUUUUUUUCUUUAAGCAAUGGCUUUUUUCUGGCCACUCUUCCAUAAAGCCCAGCUCUGUGGAGUGUACGUCUUAAAGUGGUCCUAUGGACAGAUACUCCAAUCUCCGCUGUGGAGAUCUCUUUGUUGCCUCUCUGAUUAAUGCCCUCCUUGUCUGGUCCGUGAGUUUUGGUGGGUAGCCCUCUCUUUGCAGGCUUGUUGUGGUGCCAUAUUCUUUCCAUUUUUUAAUAAUGGAUUCAAUGGUGCUCCGUGGGAUGUUCAAAGUUUCAGAUAUUUUUUUGUAACCCAACCGUGAUCUGUACUUCUCCACAACUUUGUCCCUGACCUGUUUGGAGAGCUCCUUGGUCUUCAUGGUGCCGCUUGCUUGGUGGUGCCCCUUGCUUAGUGGUGUUGCAGACUCUGGGGCCUUUCAGAACAGGUGUAUAUAUACUGAGAUCAUGUGACAGAUCAUGUGACACUUAGAUUGCACACAGGUGGACUUUAUUUAUCUAAUUAUGUGACUUCUGAAGGUAAUUGGUUGCACCAGAUCUUAUUUAGGGGCUUCUUAGCAAAGGGGGUGGAUACAUAUGCACACACCACUUUUACGUUAUUUAUUUUGUAUAAUUUUUUUGAAACAAGUUAUUUUUUUCAUUUCACUUCACCAAUUUUGACUAUUUUGUGUAUGUCAAUUACAUGAAAUCCAAAUAAAAAGCCAUUUAAAUUACAGGUUGUAAUGCAACAAAAUAGGAACAAAUGCCAAGGGGGAUGAAUACUUUUGCAAGGCUCUGUACUUGGUCUGUAAUAAACAUGUUCAUGUUUCGAGUAGAGAACCAUGACAAAUUCAACCCUGGACUCUCCAGUACUUUCACGUGGUCCAGCAAGACUGUUUCCAUUCAGUACGGAACUGGCAGCAUGACUGGACAGCUGGCAUACGACACUGUUUCGGUAAGUAUUGUAAAUGUAGCUAGCUACCCAUUGUUGUCAGAAGCAUCAUGCCCAUAGGAGGCACGUACUCCCUCAGAUGUGUCCUGUUUAAAUAUAUAUUUAUACACUACCGGUCAAAAGUUUUAGAACACCUACUCAUUCAAGGGUUUUUCUUAAUUUUUUACUAUUUUCUACAUUGUAGAAUAAUAGUGAAGACAGAAAACUAUGAAAUAACACAUAUGUAGUAUCCAAAAAUGUGUUAAACAAAUUAAAAUAUAAUCACUAUAAUUUUCCACCCCCCUACUAGCACUGACUUUGCUGAUAGGAAAAUGGAAAAAAAAUUUGAGGAAAAAAUGACUUACCAUGAAUGAGAUAAGUGGUUGUUCCAUUUAGCUAUCUUAAGAUGAAUGCACAAACUGUAAGUCACUCUGGAUAAGAGUGUCUGCUAAAUUGCUCAAAUGUUAAUAUAAAUAAUAAUAUAUAUUUUUUCAUCUUCUUUGUAAUACUACUAGUCACACAUUUUAGCCACACAUUUUAUGAAGUUAGCUUUAGCUAGCCCAGAUAGGUUCCCAAUCUCCCAACCUCAUAACUAUCUACCAAGAAGCCGUUCAGGCUGUUAAUCAAGUUAGAGUAGCUAGCUUGUCUAUCUUAGCUGGCAUGCCUGCUGGCAAGGUUGGUAGACUUUUUAAAAGCUAGCAAUAACUAAAUGUACUGAAUAAGACUCACAUUCCUUUCAAUCUUUUACCCAGAUUUUAGCAGAGCUGCAGAGAAGCAUAUUUAGUUUCUUUAAAAAAUUUAAACACCAGUCAGACAGCUCAAGAUAUGCUUAGAUAUGCUGAUAAUUACACUUAAAAAAAAAAUAAAAAAAAUAUGUGUGUAUAUAUAUAUAUAUAUAUAUAUAUAUAUAUAUAUAUAUAUAUAUAUAUAUAUAUUUUUUUUUUUACAUAUAAUUAAACGUAAUUAUAAUGGCUCUAGUUUGUUGGAAAAAGCUGUUUUUUAAUUCAUUUUUAUUGCUAAAUUCUCCAAUUUACGGACAGGGUGCAUAGUCCUGUUAAAUGACUAAAUAGUCCGCCUCCGGAUCACCCCCCAGCCAUUCUAAUGAAAUAUGUGCCCCCUCAGAUUUUUGGGGUGCAUGACACCCCUGAUUAUUGUGAUAUAUAUAAUUUUUAUUGACACUUCCAAUUACAACAUUCUGUACAUUAAAUAAACCCCCCAAAAUAAUCUUAAUCAUUUUAUAACAUCACAUGAUAAAAAAAAUUGUAAAAUGUUGUGCGUUUCCAGGUGGGAGGUAUCUCUGUCACCCAGCAGAUUUUUGGUGCCAGUCAGACCGAGGCUCCCUUCAUGGCGAACAUGGUUGCUGACGGUAUCCUGGGCCUGGCUUUCCCCAACCUGGCAGCCUCUGGAGCCACACCUGUCUUUGACAACAUGAUGACCCAGGGCCUGGUGUCCCAGUCCCUCUUCUCUGUCUACCUGAGCGGGUAACAAAUACACCUGGAUGGGAGGUGGCAUUUUGUCUUAGUUGUGAUAUAAAUAUCUAAGUGCCAGUGCAUUGAUAGUAAAUACAAUUAAACAAUUGCUUUAAUGCCUUUUGAAGGAGAGGUGUCAUCCAUAAAAAUAAAAAUGUGUUGAUGAUUAAACAACCUUGUUGACCUUUUCUCCUCCUCCAAUAGAAACUCAGCAGAGGGUAGCGUGGUGUCCUUCGGUGUCAUCGAGCCUACCUACUACACCGGGCAGAUCACAUGGAUCCCUCUGUCCUUGGUGACCUACUGGCAGAUCACCAUGGACAGGUAGGUACACUAGUCCACACAGAACCUAUAUUCAUGUCUAUAUAUCCCCUUUACUCUACACAGAGCAUUAUUUACAUUUUUUGUCAUUUAGCAGACGCUUUUAUCCAGAGCGACUUACAGUUAGUGAGUGCAUACAUUUUCCAUACUGGCCCCCCGUGGGAAUCAAACCCACAACCCUGGCGUUGCAAGCGCCAUGCUCUACCAGGAGGGCUUAUGUCCCUGUCCAACAUGUUAUCGACUUUGUAUCAUCCCUUCAUGCCACCACCCAGAACCUAUAGACCGGGGUGUCAAACUCAUUCCAUGGAGGGCCUAGUGUCUGCGGGUUUUUGGUUUUUCCUUUCAAUUAAGACCUGGACAACCAGGUGAAGGGAGUUAUUUACUAAUUAGUGACCUUAAUUCAUCAAUCAAGUACAAGGGAGGAGAGAAAACCCGCAGACACUCGGCCCUCCGUGGAAUGAGUUUUUGACACGUGCCAUAGACUCACAAUCCACACACACAUUGCAGCAAUACAUAAAACGAACAUUCCUCCUUCCCAGCCUGGUCUCAUAGACCAGACGUAACAUAGUAAACACACUCAGAUUAGUAUGAUAUGGUACGUUUGGUAGGUUACAUAAGACAGAUGGUUACUUAAGGAAAAAAACAAAGAAGCAUGGUUGGUUGGGGUGGAUGGGUUGGUGUAUAACACAAAGUCUAGCAACCAAAAAGUUGCGAGUUCAAAUCUCAUCACGGACAUUUUUUUAGCUAUUUUAUCAACUUUUCAACUACUUACUACUUUUUAGCUACUUUGCUACUACUUAGCAUGUUAGCUAACCCGUCCCCUAACCUUAACCUCAACCAUUUUACCUAACUCGUAAACUUAACCUUAACCCCUAACCCCUAGCCUAGCUAAUGUUAGCCAGCUAGCUAACGUUAGCCACCUAGAUAGAAUUCGUAACAUAUCAUAAGUUUUGCAAAUGUGUAACAUGUAGUACGUUUUGCAAUUUUUUACAUAAAGUACAUUCUGCAAAUUUGUAACAUAUAAUACAAAUUGUAAUUCGUAACAUAUCAAUGGGUGAUGUCCCGUGUAGCUCAGUUGGUAGAGCAUGGCGCUUGCAACGCCAGCGUUGUGGGUUCGAUUCCCACGGGGGGCCAGUAUGAAAAAAUUGUAUGCACUCACUGACUGUAAGUCGCUCUGAAUAAGAGCGUCUGCUAAAUGACUAAAAAUGUGAUGGACAUCCACAAAUUAAUACAUACAAUACGAAAUGUAACAUAUCAAACUAAAUGGAGUGUCUCAGAGUGUACUUCCAGUCUGGAGCCUAUGGCUGAAUCUUGCCGUGCACUUACCAAGUUCAAGUUUAUUUGCUCAUGUCAAAAACACAAUAACAGCAAGAAAUACAUACAACCAAAUAUAGGAACAACAGGUAAACUCAGCAAAUUUUUGUCCUUCCAGUGUUACCAUCAACGGCAACACAGUGGCUUGCAAUGGUGGCUGUCAGGCUAUCAUAGAUACUGGCACCUCCAUGAUCGUCGGGCCAACCAAUGACAUCAAAAACAUUAACUACUUGGUCGGAGCCACCAUCAACCAGUACGGAUAUGUGAGUCACGCACGCACAUGCACACACCGACCGGUACAGACAUGUGAGUCCAACUAUAGGGCUUUCACACUACUGAGCCAAGCCGAGCUGCACUAAGCUGCCUGGCCUUGUUAGCUGUUGGAACGAACCGUGGUGAACAGCAAAUAUCUGAGCCAGCACAUUGAGGUUGGGACCGACGUGGUAUAUGUGUGUUUUCUUGUCAUAGUUUUUUUUAUCAAUCACCGCCUCCCCUUUGAUUAACAACAGAAUUAAGUAUAACGAUGAUGUUAUUAUCCCUCUCCUAGACCACCGUGAACUGCAACAUCAUCCCCAACAUGCCCGAGGUGACCUUCAACCUCAACGGGCACGCCUUCACCAUCCCUGCCUCUGCCUUCACCAUCCAGGUAGAGUCUACUGAAAGACGUUACAUACAACCUAUCACCUCCCAGGUAGUCUACUGAAAGACGUUACAUACAACCUAUCACCUCCCAGGUAGUCUACUGAAAGAUGUUACAUACAACCUAUCACCUCCCAGGUAGUCUACUGAAAGACGUUACAUACAACCUAUCACCUCCCAGGUAGUCUACUGAAAGACGUUACAUACAACCUAUCACCUCCCAGGUAGUCUACUGAAAGACGUUACAUACAACCUAUCACCUCCCAGGUAGUCUACUGAAAGACGUUACAUACAACCUAUCUGACCUAUCUGAUCUGUAAUGCUGAUGUGUUUCGGAGCAAGCUCCUUCACCAGAGUACCUGUACAUCUGAGACUUGACUUCUUUUAGAUCCUAGUGGAGCAAAGGGCCUCAUAUCUAAGAGGAAAAGUGUGAUAUCUGAAAAACAUCCAGAUUUUCCUCUCUAGCUCUCCCCUAUCUCUCUCUCUCUCUGCCCCUCCCCCUCCCCUAUCUCUCUCCCCCUCAUCUCUCUCCCCUCCACCCUCUCUCUCUCUCCCCUUCCCCCUCUCUCCCCUCCCCCCUCUCUCUCUCUCUCCCCUUCCCCCUCUCUCUCCCCCCUCUCUCUCUCCCUCUCCCCCUCCCUCGCUCUCUUUCCCUCUCUCCCUUUCCCCCUCCCUCUCUCCCCCUCCCUCUCUCGCCAUCCCCACCCCCCCUCCCUCUCCCUCUCUCCCCAUCCCCCCUCCCUCUCUCCCCAUCCCCCCAUAUCUCUUGCCCCAUCCCCAUCUCUCUCUCUCUCUCCCUCUCUAGGACCCCUACGGCUGCAGGACUGGUUUUAGUAACGGUGGCUAUCAGCAGCUCUGGAUCCUUGGAGAUGUCUUCAUCAGGCAGUACUAUGCAAUCUUCGACAGGCAGAACAACAGGGUUGGUCUGGCCAAAGCUGUGUAAGAGAUCCACUAGUUCUACAGAGCUCCACUGAUCCCAAAGAUCCUUAAGGGCUAGGUUAAAUCCUGACAGCAGAAGAUCCGCGUAAUAGUGUGAUAGGUCCUCUGUAGCUCAAUUGGUAGAGCGUGGCGCUUGUAACGCCAGGGUAGUGGGUUCAAUCCCCGGGACCACCCAUAUGUAAAAAAUGUAUGCACACGUGACUAAGUCACUUUGGAUAAAAGCGUCUGCUAAAUGGCAUAUUAUAUUAUUAUGAUUGAGCCAACAUAUGCAUAGUUUACCGUGAAUGAAGUCUAUGUGAAUGCGGGAACAACAUCUUUAAAAUUUAUAGCGCGGCUCUUCCACAGUCUGGAUUGAAUUGAGGCCCUAGUCCUCCAGUUA